AUGGAAGAUAACUCAUUGACACUCAAACUGAUCUCCCUCUUGGUCAUCAUUUCAUUGGUAGCUGUUCUGGUUGCAAUCUACCACUUUGUCACGGUUAGUUGGUGCUAUGAUCGUAGACGAAAUCGUAUCCCACAACACCAUGUGCAUCAACAAAACCAUCAUCUGGAUAACGAAUACAGUUUGGAGAAUUCAGUGGUGUUGCUCAUCCCAGCCCACAAGCAUCAAAAGGGGUCACGAGUAGUAGGUGCAAAAGAAGGUGAUGAUGAUGAAGCCUUAUGUUCGAUUUGUUUGUGUGAAUUUGAGGAGAAUGAGGAGCUACGUACUUUACCAGAGUGUUUACACUCUUUUCAUGUGUCUUGUAUUGAUAUGUGGCUUUAUUCUCAUUUGACUUGCCCUGUUUGUCGUACUGAAGCUGUUCCUUCAUCGCAAAUUUUGUUUCAGUUUUUGGAUUCUGAUUCAGAUCAUAUAGAGGUUAGACAUGAGGUUUCUAAUAAUGUUUAG